AUGUCGGGCCCAGAGCACCUGGACUACGAGAAUGCGGAGGCAACGGUGGAGCCACAAAGGCAGCUGGCAGCCUUGGUACGUGAUGCAACGAUGAAGAUCGCGGAGCAUAUGGGCGAGGUCGCUCAGGCCCAUUCCGCCCUCAUGCAAGGGCUUCAAAGGUAUUUCGGUCUGGAUGUCAGCGGCGUGGACACCUCUGCCAUGGCCCUAGUGCAGGAAUGCGCAAGCGUCACAGAUUCCUUCGAGCAGAGCCUGAAGAAGGCCGGAUUUGCGCAGGUCAUGGGAAGCUGUGAUGAGAUCCUGAAAGAGUGCAGUUCAGUGGCCGGCCUGUUGAACGAACGAGAUGACGCGCUCUCCGAGAGGCAGCACUACGAAGAGAAGGUCGCAACCCUGCGCAGCACCUCCAAGGGCGUGGUCACCGAGCAGAUCGCCAGAAACCACGAGAAGCUAGAGCGUGCCAAGGAAUCUCACCAUCAGAAAGAGGAUAAGCUUACCGCGGCACUGCAGUCUUUCAUCUAUCGAAGGCCCGUGCACUUUCGGCAGACGCUUUUGGCACUCUUCCGGCAACACGUCGGUGUGUUGGCGGAGGUGGGCGCGAAGGCAGAGGAGGCCAUGAAGGCUGUAGCGGCAGAGUUGCAGGUGGGACAAAAGGCGCGCAUUGUCGGUUUGCAGAAGGCUGUGGAGCUGAACGAGCUUCUGGUCACCGUCGAGGGUGAGGAGGGUGCCGGUCGCCUCUUUGUGCAGCUCCCCGACGGGCGGCAGAAGUCCGUCCGUGUGGAAAACCUUUGUCCCCAGCUACCAGAGCCACAGUCGGCGCUGAGCUCAAGCUCCAAAUGCACAGACAAGGAGGGGGCUGCGGGGCCUGGAGAGUCUGGAAAGGAGUCGGCGCUUCCACAAAAGCUCAGAUUAGAGCCUGCCCGCAUCCCUUGCAGCGGGGCAGAAGUGGUCAUCGAGGCGCGAGAUCUUGCGGGAACAAUCAGCGAGGUCUGGGUGGAUGGAACUAGCUGCGAAGUGCUGGAAGAUUUGUCCAAGCGGGACUCGCCCGCAGUGCGCGUGCGGGUGCCCGCCUGCAGAAACCGCGCAGGGGGCGCUGCGCUGGUGGAAGUGCGAUCGGUUGAUUGGGCGCGCCACAUGAUCCGCGAAGAGGCAGCCAACUACUUUCCACUUCUGACAUUCGCCACGUGCAGCCCCAACAUUGAGCUGACGGCCAGACAGGGCGACAGCGAGACGCCUUACCUCGAUGUGGCCACGCGGCAGAAGGGGCUCAUCAGCGCGGUCGCCUUGACCAGCGAGCUUUCGCCUGUACAGGGUCGGCAGCGCUACUUCUUCCAGGUGAAGAUCGAAGCGAUGGCCGAGAAACGCUCGAACCGGACCUUGGCACUGGGCUUUGUGUGGCCUCUUCCGCAUGCGUUGCUUUUAGAGGGCGACGAGGCCCCACAGCUUAAGCGCCGAGCAUCCCUUUGGACAUCCGAUGGCCACAUGCCUGAGCUCGCUCACCAGCUGCCCAGAUCCUUGGGUGGAUCUUUUGUGGUGGGUGGAGAUCCGCCCAAGGCCUACAUGGGGGGCCGGGAGCUGGCUAAGAUCUCCUGGCGCCCUCUUCUGGAGUGCAUCGUCGGCGCAGAGCUGGGUGUGGUCUUGGACGUGGGGCCAAGCAGCCUUACCCUCUCUAUCUUCGAGGAGGGCGAGGAGAAGUGCGUGGUGGAGGGUCCAUUGAAUGAAGAGUGGAGGUGGCCCAGCCUGGGUGCGCCCAACGGCGUCCUGGACGUUUGCGGGACGGUGACCAGCGUUUCGCUUUCUCAGGGUGCACAGCCUCCCGACUUGCCCUUGUCGCUCACUGCUGAGGAUGCUGCUCGGGAAGGGGGCGACGAGAAAAGGGAUUGCAUGACCACAAAGGUGGUGACCAAAGCCCUUCAAGAUUGGAGCUCCAACACCUUGCUGCGUGGCCAGGACGUCUGCAAGCAGCCCUUUGUGGUGGAGUCGCCCGAAAGCUUCCUCAGCUUCGUCCGCUAUGCCGACCACUCGCAGGCCCAGAUGUGCAUCCUUCGCAAGGGUCUCCAGAAGCUGGCUCUUGAGACCUCGCUUCCCCAAGCAUUGCGGGAGGCGUGCGCGCAACACCGAACCGCAGUGGAGGCCGUCAUGGCGUUCCAGGAUGCAUCGGAAAUCGAAUUGGACGGCGAUGUCUUCACCUGGCCAGGGACAUCUGGAGGAUAUUCGUGCAAGCGCACCGAGAUCAAGGGAGGUAGCAUGUGUCAGCGUCUGACUCGCGCAAAAGCCGCUGAAACCGACGAUGGGCUGAUCUAUGUCGCAGAGCUGAGCUGUGCCAAGAAAACUGCCCACCACCUCACCGGCGAGCGCUGCAGAACACUUACCAGCAAGGAUGUCCGAGACUGUGCUGACGUGUCCUUCCAUCCUGGUACAGAUGUGGUGGAGUUGCCCAUGUGGGACCGGGGACACUCGUUCGUGGGUGCUCCGGGGGUCGGCAGCUGCCUCCAUGUGGAUCAGGCUUGGUGGAGCAAUGUCGCCAAGAACUUCACAGGACUCAAGCUCGUGGCACUUUGGGGCCCGGAUCACGCUGCAGAGAUCGUUCAGCGGCACGAAGGGGAGCUCUUCCGCAGGCCUUUGUCGCCAGAGCAGAUGCAAGCUCUAUCAAAGGCGGCCGUCAUUGCCUUGCUGCAGCCUGGAGAUGUUGCGAGUUUCAGCGGUGGCCUGCCACACGCCACAGUCGUGGUGGGCACAGAGCUGAACCUCACAGCGUAUGAGAGCCUCGUCAACUGGCAUCCUGCCAAUGCAGGCCUCCUGCUGCGCGGCUUGGAACGAAGAGGCAAGGGCAUCAUGACCAGAAAGGCGAAGGAGGGCCUGCUCGAGGAUAUCGUCGAGGUCGUCAAACGACACGCAUCGGUGAAGGCUCCAGACCUUUGGAACGAGGACGAAGGCCAUUUCUUGCUGCUGCAGCUGGGGUCCUCCAAUGACGGCAAAGGCAAUGUGGAUGGGGAGGUACGGCAGCGAGCUGUGAAGACCGCAUCCCUAUGGAGGGCCCUAGCUGCUGCUGGCCAGCAUGUGUCCGUCCUCGUCUCGGGCGGUGCCGACCCAAAUCGCUUCUUCAACCGAACCUCCACCUCACACUGGAGAUAUGUGAAGCAAGCUUUGCUGGAUUGCGGGCUUUCGGCAGAGCACAUCAUCGACCCUGGUCUCGAGGCUCUUCACACUGUGGACGAGGCCCUUAUGGCCGUGGAAUACGUCCGGGAACACGGUGCCAGGAGGCUUUGGGUCGUCACCAGCGACUUCCACGCAGCCCGUGCCCGGCACCUUUUCCACGUGGCCUUCGCGUCUGCUGGGCUCUCUGUGGACCUCUUGGUCCUCGGCGUGCCGGAUGCUUGCGAGGGCGAGGUGCUCCAAGCCUACGCGGCCAAGGAG